CAGAGUGCGGAUCCUCAGUGCGGUCCGGGGGACCCGGUUAUCAAUAUCCGAUCUCUGUGGUGAGGCCUGUGUGGCCAUUAGAGAUGGAUCAGAAGCUAACUGAAUUGAUAGAGUCCCUCACCACUUCUGGUGAACCACAACUAAACCCAGAGCAAUUGAAGGAAUUAAAGAAAAUCUGCAGGUCGUCCGAUGAACAUAUCAGUCAUGUCUACCAUCUGCUAAUGACCCAGUUGAACCAGGAACAUGCCGAGAUUCGGUUGUCCGCCUUUCAGAUCGCCAGUGAGCUCUUUGCGCGCUCACAUCAGUUCCGUACACUGCUGAUCUCCAACUUCCAGGAGUUCCUUGAGCUCACUGUAGAGACGGACUAUGAGCAGCCCCUGCCACCCCCUAAAGAAGUUGCUCAGAAAUUAAAGACCUUGGCAAUCAAAACAGUACAAGAAUGGCAUGAAAAGUAUGGAGAGGCUUACAAGAAGCUGUCAUUGGGAUACCACUUCCUGCAGCAUAACAAAAAGGUAGAUUUUCAGGAUGUGCGAGCCAGGACCUUGGCUGAAAAGAAGAGAGAAGAGGAAAAGAAGAAACGUUUAGAAAAUAUUUACAAGGAGAAGGCUCGGAAAGCCUAUGAGGAGUUGGAAGAAAUGAUGGAAGAGAUUCAGUCAAGCCUGAUGGAAAUUGAGAGCUGUUUUAAACUCCUGUUGCCAGAUCCAGAGGAGUUUUCUCUUUUGUUGGAAGAAAGAGACUUUCACCCGGAAAAGGACAGCAGGGAUAAAGACAUCGCCUCUCGAUCGGAAUCUACCAGUCAGACAAAUCCUCUGUCUUGUGUUGAUGAUGAGCAGCCUUGUUGUAGCAAGGAUUUGCCUCUACAAAAGUUAUCUAGCAUCCCCUGUAAAAACGGAGUUGAGAAAAGUGUUGGCGAAAGUUCUAAGGAGUCUCACUCAGAUGAGUCUGACUGCGACUAUGAACCGCAAGAAGAGGCUUUCCUCAGGGAUCAUGGACUUGGAUCUCACAAGUACACACUCAGCCUGGAAAUACCAACAGAUGUUAACGUAAAUGAAAACGAGAAUAAUACAGAUGUUAUAAACAGUCUGAAGGAUUCGCUUAAGCUUGCUAAGAACAAGUAUUGGCCUGCAGUCCAGUCCUGGAUACAGAUAUUUACCAAGGCAGGAAUAAAUGAUGACCGUCUCAAGUGUGCUAUCGACCUUAAAAUGAAAUUGGAAAACGCAAUGAAGAAACAAAAGGAAAUGAAACUAGAAUUCAACGACAGGACAGGAGAGGUGAGUGCCAGUGAUGAUGACGAUGAAUUUGAAGAGGUUCCUGAGAAAGAAGGUUACGAACCUAAUAUUCCGGACCAUCUUCGCAAGGAGUACGGUCUAGAACCUAAAGUGUCUUCUCCACCUGUGAAGAAGAUGCCGGUGAAAGCACCUCCUUCUCAUGCCCCACGACCCCGUAAAAGAACUGAUGAGUUGAAUGCUGCUUGCAGUGCUGCAACACCAUCUACCUCCAGUGUUUCCGGAGAACCCAGCAGCAAAUGUAAAAAGCAAGCAGAAGAUAAGUCUGUCGCACCUGUUAUUCCCAUUGGACUUGAUCCCCACUAUUUGGGACAGGAGUUGCAGACAGCUGGGAAAAUACUGAGGGUCGCUUCUCAGCAUCGAUUCUGGGCGACUAACGACAUGGAAGAAGAAGUGGAAAGUAAAGAAUUUGAAGCCAUGUUAAAAACACGUUACAUAACAGUUCCAGGGAAAUUUGAACCAGUGACACACAAGUGCCUUCAUCCGCUUCCCAAUGGAAGCCUGUGUGAACGUCAAGAUCGGCGCAAGUGUCCAUUCCACGGGAAGAUAAUUCCACGGGAUGAGCUUGGUGUUCCAGUUAAUCCUGAAGACCGUGUCAGAGAAGAUAAGAUGAAGUUAGAAAAAGAGGCCCAAGAACAAGACUGGAGAGAUCCGGAACUGAUGAGAGAAAUCGAGCAAGCUACAGGAGAAGACCUUGGAUCAUCUAGAUACACGGGAAAAGGGAAGAUUGCCAAAAAGAAAGGAAAGAAAAAAUACCCAAACCUCACAGAUCUGAAGCAAAAAGCCAACACGACUCGCUCCCGGCUAGAGAAAAAAGUGUUUAACACAGGUUCAGUGAAACGAGUGAUAAGCGCAAUGAACCAAAUGGAUCAGAGGCGACAUGAGAAGUUUGCAAACCAGUUUAAUUAUGCAUUAAAUUAAAACGCAAGAGGAAGAUAAACCAUCCAGCCAGCUUCUACAUGGAACACUUAUUUUAAGGACCUUUUAAAGAAAAAUGGUUGUAAUAUAAGUAUAUUUUUCCUAAUGAUAAUGUCUUAACUUAUUUGCAUAAUUUGUUAUACUUUGUAGAUUUUUCUACUCCUAAAAAUG